CUUUCUAUCCAGCUGUUCAGAAUCGGGUUCCACGAAUCAAGUCCAGGACAGUCCAAGUUGUAUAAAAAUCAUUCAUCAAGGAACAAGUUUUUGGAAAGAGUGGAAUCUAAGCAUCUCGGACCUCACAUACCCUUAAGUGUAAGCACUCACAUGGUCAUGUAUCUAUCAAUUUGCAAGCAUCGACUGCGACUGGACAACCAAUAACAUCCAUGAAAUAAAUAUUGUAAUCGUCGAUCAAAUCUAUUAGUAGCCCUAAGACCCUCAUGUCGUUCAGGUGGAGUUUCACCCAAAAUAGAAACACGUGGGUCGUGGGUCGACAAAAUGAGUGUCAAAGAGAGUAAACUGGCAUAAACAAAGCCAUGUGACAGUCUUUACUGAUGGGUCAUACUUGAAUUGUGCUCAAUACCAGUAUUUUCCUACUAUAAAGAGCUUAUCAUGCCUUAAUAUUUGAUCACACUCAAGUUUUUCUCUUCAAAAAGCCUAAUCUAAAUCCUUCAAGUUCUAUACCUUCUAAAAAUGGCAAUCCGUUUACCUUAUGUACUCUCUAAAACAAAGCAAGGUCUUACUAAAAAUCAGCAAGUAGUCCCGAAAGGGCACAUCCCGGUGUAUGUUGGAGAGCAAGCCGAUAAGAAGAGAUAUGUGGUUCCGAUUUCUUACUUGAGCCACCCUGUGUUCCAAGACUUGCUACAGCGUGCUGAAGAAGAGUUCGGUUUCAAUCAUCCGAUGGGUGCUCUUACUAUUCCUUGCACUGAAGAAACAUUCUUUAAUCUUACAUCUGAACUUGUGUGGUAAAAGUAUCAAGAACUCGAUCAAGAACAGGAAAUUUUCAUUUUCUGUUCUAAAUUUUGUAGGAUUUUUUUAGAUUUUAUUGAUUUUUGAUACCCAGAUGGUAUAAUGUAAAGAGUGAUGUAAUUUGUUUCCCCCCAUCUGCAUCAUUCAGUGGGGGAGUAAAAUCAAUAGUUAGAUACACUGCUUCAGUUUUAAGAUUAUUUUGUUGUGGUUCUUACAAAGCUACUUAAUACCCAUCCUCCGAUACUCUCCUCUCAAAAAAAAAAUAAUUACCGUGACACAUAUUCAUACAAUUCUCUAAUUGGUCACUUUGAAAUUAUAAGUAAUAACUUUACGGCCUGUUUGGUUAGUGGUACUAAAUAUUGGUAAUAAGAAUGAUUUAUAGUGUAUAAUUUCAUCAAAAGUUCUAUGUCAUUCCCAUGGUGAUGAUUGAUGAAACUCUAAUCACAAAAAAAAAAAUUGUUUAUAAAUUU